UUUAAAAGAAAUGCAAAACACUUCUAAUAUUACUACAAAAUCUUCAUCAACCCCUUCUAUUCAUUUCAAAUCAGUUGGAGACUCAAAUUAUUUUUCUUGGUUAGAACCUCGCCUACUAAAAACAAUUAUUGAUUUGUGUACAAGCCGAACACCUUUCGACUCCUUAAACGAAUAUUUGCCUCAAUUGGAUGUUUUGUUAAUUAGAAAUACAAUUUUGGAGCAAAGAAGGUUGGCAGCUUCUCUGUGGAGUGUUUACAGUGAAUUAAUUGGGGCUGCCCCAAAAGACACAAAAAUAGAUUUGGACAAUUUUAUGUCAGCCCUGUCUGCUUCACUUGUUGGAGAAUUUGAACUCGUAUUAAUUCAAAAUUCGCUGGAUUCUGUUGUUGAAUUGGCUAAAUCUGUUGGGUUUUCUUUUGCUUUAAUCUCUCCUUCUUUAAAUUUAUUAAUUUUGAAUAAUCAAAAUAUUCCAAAAAUUUUGUGUUGGAAAACUUUGAGGAAAUUAAAUGAAGUUUUGCCUGAUGGGGCUAGUUUGUUGAAUGAACAUUUUGAAGUUUUUGUGGAUAAAUUUUUUGAAUAUUUUGAAGAAAAUGGAGCAGAAAAGGUUUUUUUAAUAUUUUUUGAUUUUUUGAGAAUUUUUGGGGCUUACAAGGGAACAUUUUGA